AUGUCCAUGUCCAAGUCCAUCUCGGGAGAUGUGAUCGUGGAAGUGAUCACCACGUCUGAACAAAUGAGUCAAGCUAUGGAAAUUCGAUAUAAAGUAUUCAUAGAAGAACAAGGUUAUCCCGCUUGUAUCGAAAUAGGAGAUCCUGAAGAUCCCAUCUCCACACAUUUUCUCAUGUCGAAAGAUGGUAAAGAAAUAGGAACGGCACGUAUUACUCCUCAAGGCAAAUUAGGUCGAGUAGCUAUACUUAAAUCAUAUAGAGGACAAGGUUUAGCUAAACCUUUAUUGAAUGCUGUACAUGAAUGGGUUAGAUCGAAAGGAGGUAAGAUUGUAUAUUGCGAUAGUCAAGCUGCGGACCCAGCUACGGGAGGUGUAGACGCUAGAGGUGUAUAUCUCAAAUUAGGUUAUCGACCAGUUGGUGAUCUAUACAUUAAAGAAAAUAAGGAUGCAACUGGAUUUAGAGUAGUGAUGCCAGGUGCUCGUGCUUGA